AUGGCUGACGUACCAUCCUACCGAGUUCAACCUCACCGUCCGUUCUCACACGUCGGUAUGGACUACGGAGGGCCGUUCCUCGUUAAGGGACACCGUCGUCAAAAUGCACUUUCGUGCAAGGUCUACCUCGCCUUAUUUAUUUGGAUGUCCGUCAAGGCGGUCCACCUCGAAAUCGUGUCCGAUCUCAGCACUGACGCCUUCCUCGCGGCUUUGGACCGGUUCGUCGCCCGCCGUGGGAUUCCGUCCAACCUCUACUCGGACUGUGGCACAAAUUACGUCGGCGCCGCCCGCCAAUUAAAAUCGUUAUUUCGCGACGCCAAGGCCCAAGACCGUCUCUCGUCGCACCUCAACUGCACAUGGCACUUCAACCCGCCUGCCGCGCCGCAUUUCGGUAGCAUUUGGGAAGCCGGCAUCAAGAGCGUCAAAUUUCACCUCAAACACGUCAUCGGUCAGCAGGUGUUGACGUACGAAGAAUUCUAUACGUUGACCACUCGCAUCGAGGGCAUUCUGAAUUCCCGACCGAUUACACCGAGUUCAUCCGACCCGCACGACCUAAAUGCGUUGACGCCGGGACAACGUUUGUUAUGUAUAUAA